AUCCCCAAUCCUAACCCUAACCCCCAAAAAGCAAGCUUACUAAAGUUUCAACCUUUCUCUUUCUCGUCUCUUUCCUCUCUUUUUUUUAAGCUUUCUCUUUGUGCAGAAAACAGAAAAAUUUGUAUAAUAUUCUUAACUUUGUACCCACGCCUCCAAAAUCAGCUCUUCCUCCCAAUUUCUCUCUCCAAAAACCCCAACAAACAAGCACCAAAAUCAUCAAAACAAACAGAGCUCAUCUCUCUCUGUCUCUGCCCAUUUAUUAUCUGUCUAUCUGAAAAGAAAGCGGGAAUUCUAACCAAAAACAGCAGAAUCUGUGUCAACAGGUAACAGAACCAACUCUUGUUAAAACCUUUCUUCCCUUACAACUUCUUCUAAUUAUUCCCACCACCGUCUCUUCCCCUUUGAGUCUCCUUUCCUCCUUCAAUUGGGGUUUUCUCGAUUUAUCAAAACCCUUGUGCUGUAACCCUUAAAGGUGAGGAAAUCCUUCAAAUCCUUCAAUUGUUUUCGUUUUUAUGAUCUGGUUCGAUGGCGGAAUUCGAAAGUAACAUGGAAUUCAAGGGCAAAUCUAAUCCCAGCACCAUGGCCACCUCUUUCUUCAAUCGCUCUCUUACUAUUCACUCAUCAAAGUCAUCACCCAAAGACUUCGCUCCAUCCUCAUCCAGAUUUUAUUAUUCCUUCGAAUCCAUGAAGGGGAAGGUUAAACAGCUCUGCAAUAUCUUCGAAUCGUCGAGAGAGCCCAAGUCAGUUCUCCAUGAAACCCAAUCCCAAUCGCUGACGCAAGCGAGCAAACUUAAGUCUGUGAAAUCGAUGGGACCUGGGUAUCAUAGGUACAUUUUUGGGUUCAGCAAUAAUGGAAUUCGACUUCCAGGUACCGAGGAUCGGAUUGUGGUUUAUUUCACUAGUUUGCGAGGGGUUCGAAGGACAUUUGAGGAUUGUUAUGCGGUUAGGAUGAUAUUUAGAGGAUUUAGGGUGUGUAUUGAUGAGAGGGAUGUGUCGAUGGAUUCAGCGUAUCGGAAAGAGUUGCAAAGUGUAUUGGGAGGGAAGACUGUGAGCUUGCCGCAGGUGUUUAUAAGGGGAAAUCGUGUGGGUGACGCUGAAGUGAUUAAGCAAAUGUUUGAGACUGGAGAAUUGGCCAAGGUCCUGGAUGGAUUUCCGAGAAGACAGCCCGGGUUUGUUUGCGAAGCGUGUGGCGAUGUGAGGUUUAUGCCGUGUGGAAAUUGUAGUGGUAGUAGGAAGGUGUUCGAUGAAGAUGAAGGGGUGCCCAAGAGGUGCUUGGAAUGCAAUGAGAAUGGGUUGAUUCGGUGCCCAGAUUGUGGUUCAUGAUUUUCGCUCCACAGAUUAUUUGCUGUGUGUUCUUCGUCGUUUUGUUGAUGUAUCAUGUAUGUAUGGAUGUGGAUAUUGUAUUGAAGGUCGAAUUCAAAAUGCUCUUUGGAUUCAUGGGCUUUUUUUCUCUCUCAUUUCUAAUUGUAUGAUCAUCGGUUAGGGGAUCGAUGUUCACUGUUCUAUGAAGAGUACUAUGAGAAAUAAUACUGUGGUAUCAAAACACCAAUGGGUUGUGUGUUUUGCUAGUAUUGUAUACAACGGGGAGAGUUUCUCCUUUAUGUCAAUGUAACUAUUUUGUACUCGUGGUAUGAAAACCAGAAAAAAAAAAAAAAAAAAAAAAAAAAAAAAAAAAAGAAGGUGCAAAUGAUGGAUAUAAUGAGAAAUUUGGAAUGGGUGUGUUCUUUUCUCUAA